GGUUGUGAAAUGUGCUCCCAGGAGGCUUUUCAGGCACAGAGGAGCCAGCUGGUGGGGCUGCUGGUCUCGGGGUCCCUGGAGGGCUUUGAGAGCAUCCUGGACUGGUUGCUGUCCUGGGAAGUCCUCUCCUGGGAGGACUAUGAAGGCCUCAGCCUCCUGGGCCAGCCUCUCUCCCACUUGGCUAGGCGCCUCCUGGACACUGUCUGGAAGAAGGGUGCUUGGGGCUGUCAGAAGCUCAUUGCAGCUGUCCAGGAGGCCCAGGCUGACAGCCAGUCCCCCGAGCUGCAUGGCCACUGGGACCCGCACUCACCCCACCCAGCCCAGGACCUGCAGAGUCACCGGCCAGCCAUUGUCAGGAGACUCUACAGCCACGUGGAGGGCGUGCUGGACCUGGCGCAGGAGCGGGGCUUUCUCAACCAGUAUGAAAGUGAUGAAAUCAGGCUGCCGAUCUUCACGUCAUCCCAGAGGGCAAGAAGGCUGCUUGAUCUUGCCACAGUGAAGUCGAAUGGAUUGGCUGCCUUCCUUCUACAACAUGUCCAGGAAUUACCAGUCACGUUAGCCCUGCCUUUUGAAGAUGCCGCAUGUAAGAAGUACAUGUCCAAGCUGAGGACCACAGUAUCUGCUCAGUCUCGCUUCCUCAGUACCUAUGACGGGGCAGAGAAUCUUUGCCUAGAGGACAUAUACACGGAGAAUAUCCUGGAAGUCCAGACAGAGGCGGGCAUGGCUGGGUCCCCGCAGAAGAGCCCUGCCACCCUGGCCCUGGGGGAGCUCUUCAGCACACAUGGCCACCUCAAUGAAGAUGCAGACACCAUGCUGGUGGUGGGCGAGGCAGGCAGCGGCAAAAGCACGCUCCUGCAGCGGCUGCACUUGCUGUGGGCCACGGGGCAGGACUUCCAGGAAUUUCUCUUCGUCUUCCCAUUCAGCUGCAGGCAGCUGCAGUGUGUGGCCAAACCACUGUCUGUCCGGACGCUGCUCUUUGAGUACUGCUGUUGGCCUGACAUUGGCCAACAGGAUAUCUUCCAGUUCCUCCUUGACCACCCUGAACGCAUUCUGUUAACCUUUGACGGCUUUGACGAGUUCAGGUUCAGGUUCACAGAUCGUGAGCGUCACUGCUCGCCAACUGACCCCACAUCUGUCCAGAAUCUGUUCUUCAAUCUUCUGCAGGGCAACCUGCUGAAGAAUGCCCGCAAGGUAUUGACCAGCCGUCCAGAUGCAGUGUCGGCGUUCCUCAGGAAGUACAUCCGCACAGAGUUUAACCUCAAGGGCUUCUCUGAAGAGGGCAUCCAGCUGUAUCUGAGGAAGUGCCAUCGUGAGCCUGGGGUGGCAGACCGCCUCAUCCGCCUGCUCCAAGGGACCUCAGCUCUGCAUGGUCUGUGCCACCUUCCUGUCUUCUCAUGGAUGGUGUCCAAAUGCUACCAGGAACUGUUGCUGCAGGAUGGGGCAUCCCCAAAGACCACCACGGAUAUGUACCUGCUGAUCCUGCAGCAUUUUCUGCUGCAUGCCUCCACCCCAGACUCAGCCUCCCACAGCCUGGGACCUGGCCUCCUUCGAGGCAGUCUCCCCACCCUUCUGCACCUUGGCCAGCUGGCCCUCUGGGGCCUGGGCACGUGUUGCUAUGUGUUCUCAGCCCAGCAGCUCCAGGCAGCACAGGUUGACCCUGAAGACGUUUCUCUCGGCUUCUUGGUACAUGCCAAAAAUGUCGUGCCAGGGAAUUCGGCCCCCCUGGAAUUCCUGCAUAUCACUUUCCAGUGCUUCUUUGCUGCGUUCUUUCUGGUGCUCAGUGCAGACCUGCCAUCAGCCUCGCUCAGACACCUGUUCAAUUGUCACAGGCUGGGCCGUUCACCACUGGCCAGGUUGUUGCCCAUGCUAUGCAUCCCAGGCUUGAGAUACAAGGAGGACAGUGUAUCAGCUUUGUUGCAGAAGGCUGAGCUACAUAACCUUCAGAUCACUGCGGCCUUCCUGGUGGGGCUAUUGUCACGGGAGCACCAGGCCCUGCUGGCCGAGUGCCAGGUGUCAGAGAAGGUCCUGCUCCGGCGCCGGGCCUGGGCCCGCUGGUGUCUGGCCCGCAGCCUGCGCAAGCACUUCCACUCCAUCCCGCCAGCCUUGCCAGGUGAGGCCAAGAGCAUGCACGCCAUGCCCGGGUUCAUCUGGCUCAUCCGGAGCCUGUACGAGAUGCAGGAGGAGCGGCUGGCAAGGGAGGCUGCACAUGGGCUGAAUGUUGGGCACCUCAAGUUGACAUUUUGCAGUGUGGGCCCCGCUGAGUGUGCUGCCCUGGCCUUCGUGCUGAGGCACCUCCGGCAGCCUGUGGCCCUGCAGCUGGACUACAACUCUGUAGGUGACAUUGGCGUGGAGCAGCUGCUGCCUUGCCUCAGCAUCUGCAAGGCUCUUUACUUGCGAGAUAACAACAUCUCAGACCGAGGCAUCUGCAAGCUUAUUGAACAUGCUCUUCACUGUGAGCAGCUACAGAAAUUAGCUCUUUUCAACAACAGAUUGACCGACGGCUGUGCACACUCGAUGGCCAAGCUCCUUGCAUGCAAGCAGAACUUCUUGGCAUUGAGGCUGGGGAAUAACCACAUCACCGCGGUGGGAGCCCAGGUGCUUGCCCAGGGGCUCCGAGGCAAUACCUCCCUGCAGUUCUUGGGGUUCUGGGGCAACAGAGUGGGUGACAAGGGGGCCCAGGCCCUGGCAGAAGCCUUGGGUGAUCACCAGAGCUUGAAGUGGCUCAGCCUGGUGGGGAACAACAUUGGCAGUGUGGGUGCCCAAGCCUUAGCACUGAUGUUGGAAAAGAACGUGACACUAGAAGAACUUUGCUUGGAGGAGAACCAUCUGCAGGAUGAAGGUGUGUGUUCUCUUGCGAAAGGACUGAAGAGAAAUUCAAGUCUGAAAGUCCUCAAGCUGUCCAACAACUGCAUCACCUACCUGGGAGCAGAAGCCCUCCUGCAGGCCCUUGAAAGGAAUGACACCAUCCUGGAAGUCUGGCUCCGAGGGAACACUUUCUCUCUAGAGGAGAUCGAGAAGCUCAGCCAGAGGGACACCAGACUCUUGCUUUGAUGUAUCUGGGCUGACGUUCAUCUGUUUGUUUGUGAGCAAGCUGUGGGUUUGGACCCCAGAAGCUGGAUUUCAUCUGGCAGCAGCCUGUUCAGUUUGAGCUCUGUCCUGCCCAGGGCUGAAUUCAUUUUCUGGGAGCACAAUAGACCCCCUUCAUUCUGGCAGAGGAAGGAGCAUCAGUGCCUUGCAGAGUAGACUUUUUCCAAGCUACUUUGCCAUGACUUCUUCCCAUAUUCAAUCCAUGGGACCCACAAGAGGGGCAGCCCCUCCUCCAUAGUACGGGGCUGGCCUCCAGCUGAUCCUCCAGGGUUCUGAUGUGGGUCAGUGGGAUGUUCACCGAGUGUCUGUUGGUGUAGAGACCUGGACCUACGUGGAAGACCCCUCCCCCUCCUCUCAUGAAGAGGAGUAUUCAAGAAGCAACUUUCCACCAUGUCUCAACUCACAAGUCAUCCAUCCAGACCAUUCCCCACCUCAGGUUUCUCCACUCACCCUGGACCCUGCACAUGGUACUUCCUCUGAGCUUGAGAUGUGGAAUAUGAGUGUUCUCAGCUUCGAUAUUUCACUUAUAGCACCCCCAAUCCCAGCACCCAGGGUGGAAAGGGCUACUAUUGACUCUGCUCUUCUUUCUGGUGCUUAAGACAUUGUUGGGAGGGGACAUGUGACAGUUGUUUGUUCCCCAAGACAUUCUAGAUUUGCAAGAAAAGUAUGACCACACUCCAGCUGGGAUCACACGUGGACUUUUAUUUCUGGUGAAAUCAGUUACUCUUCAGUCAAGCCUUUGGAAACAGCCCACUUAAAAAAGCUCCAAAUGCAGCUUUUUAAAAUUAAUCUGGGCUAGAAUUUCAAACGGCCCCACUAGGCUUCUGGUUUAUGCCUGUGAAUUGAACUCUGACAACAGACUUCUGAAAUAUAUCCAUAAAAGACAGUUUCAUUUUAUUUGUGCCAGAAUGCUUUAGGAUAUAUAGCUAUGGACUGAAAGUUUACAGGGGCAAAAUCAGGCCCUUCCUUCUAAGAAAAGUCUUCCUGGAUUUUUCAACAUGAUGCAUGUUGAAGCCUUUGUAAAUUGUCGGAUGCUGUGCAAAUGUUAUUAUUUUAAACAUUGUUAUGUGUGAAAAUUGGUUAAUAUUUAUAAACUACUUUGUUUUA